CUCCGUCGGAAUCCAUCACAAGGACAUACAUAAGUUACAAAAAUCCCUUCUUAGGGUGUUUUGUUUUCAAUCAGAUACUGUCAGUGUGGUCUCAUGCCUUGUUCGACUCCCUGUACUAGACAUUGAACAACUCGCUCUACAUAGACCACUGGUGAAGGCAGCAUUAAAGCUCAGUAUAGUAGCUUGCAUUCCAUUCUUAUUUUUCUUGAAACAAAUCCCUUUUCUGCUAUUAAAUGUCCUCUGACGAACCGCAUCGGUCAAAUGGACUUAUUACUCCCUCUCCGGCGGCUUUUGCCGAGUUAAUGUCGCUCGAACGCCUGGACGAUGUCGAAGUGUCGAUGGAUCCCGAUUCUCACAAUCAUGUGAAGGAGAAGAUCGAGAUAUUUCGCUCAAAAGCUAUGCCAUAUCCUCCAGGAAAUGGCGGAAGAGCCUUUGGCGGGCAUGUUUACGCGCAGGCCGCAUAUGCGGCAUCCAAGACAGUCGAGCGAGGCUUGGUGAUCAAUGACAUGACAGGUUCGUUUAUUUUGCCAGGCCGUCUGGAUGUCCCUUAUAUCUUUACCGUGCGCCAUCUCAGAGACGGAGCAAUGUAUUGCAUCCGAGCCGUCGAUGCUCGGCAAGAGGGGAAGAUAUGCUUCUCAUGUCUAUGCUCAUUCAAGCGAGAUGAAAAGCAACAGCACUUUGAUCACCAGCCCCCGCCAGUUCAGCAGCGUUACAAGUCUCUCCUGCAAGGAAAAGCGCCAGAGGACUGCAUGGUAAGCCCCAGUAUAGAUGUCGAUUGGUGGAUCAAUCAAGUCCACACAGGCGAGAUCGAGGAACCUAUAUUUCCAGGUCUUGAUGUGCGCAAAGUGGACAUGGGUGACUACAACCAGAGUCAAGAAGUGAGACAGCACCCGGAGGAAUAUCGCCAAUUGACCUACUACCGCCUCAAAGGGUCUCCUGCAGACUCAAUAAGUAGCGAUACCGAUCUUGAAAGCAUCAAAACCAAAGACCAAUCUGGGGAAUACGACAAUCUCUACGCCUGCGCCCACAUGUAUUCGAGUGAUAAGAACUCCCUGCUCCUAAUCCCGCGCGCCUUGGGACAGACGAGAUGGACAGCAAUGGCCAGCCUCACUCUAACGGUUAUAUUCCACCAGCACGGCGAAGCUCUCAGGAUGAUUGACUGGAAUGCGACAUCGAGCCAGGAGAAUAGGGAAUUUCCCCACAAGUGGUUCAUACAGGAGGGCUGGACCCCUCGCUCGGGGGAAAACAGAGCAGUGCAUGAGAGUUGGCUGUGGAGUCCCGAUGGAACUUUGAUAGCCACCACCAUUCAAGACAGUUUGCUGCGCUUUGGGGAAUCCGAGCGCAAGGAGAAGUUAUGACCAUGGUCCUUGAUAACGUACUAUUCCCAGUCCUAGUACUCCGUCUGGAUCUAAAUUGGGGUCCGACUACAACUGUCAGAUAGAUGAAGCAAACAUCAACCCUACCUAAAUGAAUUAGACAACUGAUAAUACGACGGGAAC